AGAAGUUGAUGGUGGUAGAAGAAGAAUGAUGUUGCUUGACCUAUUACUUGAUGCUGAAAGUAAAGGUGAAAUCGAUUUAAGCGGGAUAAAGGAGGAAGUGAAUACGUUUAUGUUUGAGGGUCACGACACCACUGCAAUGGCGUUAACGUUUGGCUUCAUGCUGUUAGCUGACCACGAGGAAGUGCAGGAUCUUAUACACGAUGAGUGCAAAAGUAUAUUUGGUGAUUCUAUGCGAACUGCAACUUUGAGCGAUCUGGCUGAGAUGAAGUAUUUGGAGGCCACUAUAAAAGAGAUACUGAGGCUGUACCCUAGCGUACCCUUCAUUGGGAGGAUAAUUGAAGAAGAUUUUAUGUUAGAUGACAUUAAAGUGACAAAGGGUGAUGAAGUGAUCCUUCACAUCUACGACCUCCAUCGUCGCGAGGAUCUGUUCCCUGAGCCCGAGCAGUUCAGGCCUGAGCGGUUCCUGAGCGGGGAGAAGAUGAACUUCACAUUCAUACCGUUCAGUGCUGGCCCUUGA